AUGACAUUCAUAGGUGUUGCCUGUUUUAUGCCAUCCGAUGAGUCCUCUACUCUACCGGAAUCGACUUCAAAAGAACGGGCUGCUCUGGGCCGAACAUUGCCAGAUGCAAAGCAUGUCUUCGAUGAUGCCUUGACUGCGUUCAUUAUGACAAGUAUCUCACCCAGUGAGCAAUCAGUGGAGUCAAGUCUACAUUAUUGGCUCGCAUUUCUCAAGUUUGUGGUGCAGGAGCUUCAGGUGUACAAAGACCUGUCGGAAUUUACUGAAGAUGAGCGAGAGGAAAGGAGAAGGUUAUGGUGGGCAACCUUUAUCAUUGAUAGACAUGUGGCACUAUCAUUCAAUGAACGCCCAUACAUUCCAGAUCAGGAAUGUCAACUCCUCCCAAUACCAUCCCCUGAUACAGUCUGGGUGAUGCCGGGGAGGCUGCUGAGUACUUCAGAGACUCUCAUCAAUGGGAACACGAUAGGUUAUCGUGUGAUCAGUCUAGAUAUGCUUGGAAUCUAUCUUCCUUUGUCGAAAAUACUAGGCGAGAUUCUGGAACAUCGCUUUAUUUGCGAACACCCAACUUUCAACAAGAAUAAGGCUUUUAUUGCUGAAAUCAAGUCAAAUAUUCUUCAAAAUUUGGGACAGUGGUAUGAAUCCUUCACGUUACUGGUUGGCCGGGACUUCCCCACAAUUGCAAACCCGGAAUGCGACUUGUCUCCACCACCAGAGAUCCCUAAAGUUGCCUACUAUGGUCUGCAUAUGUACCACUGCAUGUUCAUACUUCUCCAUGGCCCGAUGGAUAUCGUUCGCAUGUACAAGGAUCAUACGUGGCAAGCAUCCUUGGAUUUCCUGACAGCCGGCGAACACGCCGCGGCAUGUGCAAAUGUUGCACGAUACGUCUUACGAGUGGACCCUCGACUAUGUCUGAUGUACAGAUUCUUCGGAACCUACUUCCUCCAAUCCACAUUUAUCUUCCUGAUUCUAGCCCAAAAGCUAGGUCGUCAAUCGGAUGAGCUGAUCAUGCGUAACUGUGCGAUCAACCUGCAAGUCUUGGAUAGGUUCGUGGCUACGACGAAUAUGGACUACCAGCAUACUUUUGCUAAGUUUAUUCGUCGUGCCCUUUCUUAUAAUAUGGGACACCUUUCCCCGGAGCAUGAUAUGCAAGUUGAUAAUCCCUUGUCUGAGUCGCUGGAUCCGGAGAUGCUUGCUUAUCGAUGGAUUCCGGGUUAUAGGGGCUUGCAUGUUGGUCCUUUGGAUAAGGAGUGA